ACCAAAAGAACAAAACCACAAACAAUGGCUGACGCAACGGAAAAAGCUGAGCAUGACCGUAUUUUCAAGAAAUUUGAUGCUAAUGGAGAUGGAAAAAUCUCUGCGGCCGAGCUUGGAGAUGCUCUCAAGAACCUAGGUUCGGUCACACAUGAGGACAUUAAGCGUAUGAUGGCCGAGAUUGAUACCGAUGGCGAUGGAUACAUCUCGUACCAAGAAUUCUCUGAUUUCGCAAGUGCCAAUCGUGGUCUUAUGAAAGACGUCGCCAAGAUUUUCUAAGUUAAAUUAACAGAUCUAAUCUAU